AUGCACAAAGAUACAGGUCUACUGUCGCAGCAUCUACAGCAACACCAAAAGUCAACCCGGUGUUUACCCCAAACAAUGGCAACAAAACCACAAUGUCAAUAUCAAAAGCAAAGGUCCGUUUCUUCAGCAAAACAACAGCCAGUAGGUGGAUGGCUAAGCCAGUACUCUAUAAAAUGGACUCAAAUUUCAAACAGUUACUGGCUCAACAACAUUAUCAAAACAGGGUUCAAAACUCCUUUUCAAAAACUUCCACCACUUUCAACCACACCAACUCGUAUCAUCCCUUGUUCAAAAGAACAAGCAACAUUCCUAGAGCAGACGGUACAAGAAUCACUACAGAAAUCAGCUAUAUAG